CAUGCAAGAAGCGCUCAAAAUCCUUGGUUAUCCCACCCCUUACCACUACAGCAGCAUUCUUAGUAACGUUUACGACACCAAUAUGUGGCAGGAAGCCUUGCGCUCCACGUAUAAAGGUAUCGGCAAACCUCUCACUUGACGUAAGUGGGAUCAAUUACUGGGCCACUGCGGCGCGAUCACCGAUGCACCUGCAGUUUGCUUCUGGCGCGAAUUGCUGAAUGCGUGCCCGGAGGCAAAGGCGGUACUCGUCGAGCGAGAUGAAGGGCAAUGGUAUGCCUUCUGCUGCGUUCUCCUCGAAGGUGUCUUUGACCCGUUCGGCCACUACGUCUUGCGCUUAACGGACCCUUCCGGUUCGGUCGCAUAGUCACUACGGGCAUGCUCUGGAUGGAUGGCUUCUUUGGCUCUACGAAGCUGGCACAAGCGAGAUCGAACGCACGGAAAGCAUACCGAAAAUACUAUGCCGACAUUCGGGGGACAGUGACGAAGCAGAGGUUGCUCGAAUUCGAGCUUAGCGAUGGCUGGGAACCGCUUUGUAAGUUCCUGGAAGAAGAUGUGCAGAAUGUGCGGUCUCCAAAACCAAAUGAGGCGAAGACGAUCCAGAUAGCCUUCGGGCGCUUGGCAGGAAAGGCAAUUAGGCAUUCGCUAGUCAACAUUGCAGUCCUUGUUGCUGUUAGCGCUACGGUAGUAGGCGCGGCUUGGAGCAUGCUCUUGUGAUGCCGCGCAUCAUCACCAGCUACCGGGCUAUUAGAGCUGUCGAUUGAUGGUCACGUGUCUUCCAUGUCAAGCCGUGAGCUGAUAUAGUG